AUGUCGAAUCGCUCGUUUAUCUCAGCUGCUGGCUUGAUCAGCUUGCUUGUGGUCAUCCCGCAAGCUAUCCAGGUCCUGGCCCUUUCGCCUCUAUCCGCAGUGGGAGCCAAAUUCUUUGACGAGGAUGGCAAGCAAUUCUACAUCAAGGGCGUUGCUUACCAGCUCACCGAUGACGAUCCUCUGAUCGAUACCGAACAAUGCAAGCUUGACGCAAAGCUGAUGAAGGAACUCGGCGCCAAUACGAUCCGGGUCUACCACGUCGAUCCCAACGGCGACCACGAUGGAUGCAUGUCUGCCUUCUCGAAUGCGGGGAUAUAUCUGUUUGUGGACCUGGAAACCUUUACGACAUCCAUCAAUCAGGACGCACCUGCUUGGACUGACAGCGAAUUCAGCGCAUACAAAAAGGUGCUGGACACCUUCCACGGCUACGACAACCUAGCUGGCGUGCUCGUUGGAAACGAGGUGCUCACCCGGCUGAAUGGCUCCCAGGCCGCACCCUACGUGAAGGCCGCUGCUCGCGACAUCAAGGCGUACCGAGACUCGAAAGGCUACCGCAAGAUCCCCGUGGGCUAUGCUGCGGCUGACAUUGCGAGUCUGCGGCCCAUGCUCCAGAACUACAUGGCCUGCUCGACAAACUCAUCCGAGAAUCUGGACUUCUUUGCUCUCAACGCCUACGAGUGGUGCGGCGACUCCUCGUACACCGUGUCAGGCUACGACGAGCUGCAGAAGAACGCAACGGGCUAUCCGAUCCCCAUCUUCUUCUCCGAGACCGGGUGCAACAAGCCGGAACCGCGGACCUUUGACGACCAAACGGCCAUCUUCGGUCCCGAGAUGGACGGCACCUGGUCCGGGGCCAUCGUCUACGAAUGGAUCCAGGAAGCCAACAACUACGGCUUGAUCAGCUACGGGCCCAGCGUCGCCACCGGUGAUCCAGACGCCGCGACGGCCUCGGACGUCCAGGGCGGAUACACACGCCAGGGCACGCCCACCCCGAUCUCUCCCGAUUUUGCAAACUUGAAGUCUCGCUGGGCGACCCUCACGCCGUCCGGCGUCGCUCUCUCCGACUACACGGCUUCUGCGUCGAGCCUGACUCCCCCGCCGUGCCCAUCUUCAACCCCAAGCGGUUGGACAGUCGAUCCAAGCUCCCCUCUUCCUACCCUGGGUCAAGUCGGCGGCGGAUCCCAGACGACGGGAGCAGAAGCGACGCGCGACGGUUCCAGUGCCACCGGCGCAGCGGCCAGCGCAUCGGCGACAAAGUCCAGUGCUGCCAACAGCGUCUACAUCAAUCCGGACGGAGUAGGUGUUGGUGUUGGAGUUGUCAAGCUGUUGAUUACCGUAAUUGUGGGAUUUGUCGGGUUUAUGUGUUGGUGGCUGUAA